AUGACUACUUAUUGCAUCAUAAGUCAAAGCAUGCUUUUAAAGCAUACAUUUGUCCAAAAUUGUAAAUGUGGUUCUGUUUCGAAGAGUGCUGUUGUUGCCCCUGCGACCAAUGUGUUUACUGGUGCUGUGGAAGAUGUAAAUAGUGACCUCAAUUGUAAUGCUAAUAGUUCAGAUAGCACUUAUGAUAGUCAAGUUCCUUGCCCUAGUGAAGUUUCCAGUGUAGCAGGACAUCAUCAUAAUUUAAAUUCUACAUCAUUACGGGAUGCGGCAGAUUUGUUUGUUAGUAAAUUAUAUGGUAAACCUAAACUUCCUCGUCAGUAUGUCCAGCAAUUAAUUAAUGAUGUAACUUCACUUAUUUGUGAUGGUCUGCUUUCUUCAUUGAAAUCUAAUAUAGUGUCUAACCUUGAAUUAAACUCUGAUCAACUGUCUGUGCUUGACAAACAAUUUAAAGAUGUUGAGAAUCCUUUUUCCCAUCUAUGUUCCGAAUAUCAUCGUUUCAAGUACUAUUCUGCCAGUGGGGAUUUUAUACCCCCUAUCUCAUAUGAGAUUGGAGAAUUAGAUGUUGUUAAAAAUUCUUGUUUAAAGACACAGAAGGUAUAUGGGCAAUUUGUACCGCUUCAGUCCAUUCUUAAACAGUUUUUAGAAGUGCCUGAUGCUUUGAAUGACAUUCUUGUCUAUCUAAGGUCACUUGAAACUAAUCCAGAGUUGAAGCAAAAUUUUGUUCAAUGUAAUCUUUGGAAGAGGAAAUGUGAAAAGUUUUCCGAUGACGAUAUUGUUUUGCCUUUACAUGCCUAUUAUGACGAGUGUCAGUGUAAUAAUCCUUUGGGUGCUCAUGCUUGCAAGCUAGGUUGUGCCUAUGUUCAAAUUGGAUGCCUUCCACCAGAGUGUCAGACUUCAGCUGAGAAUAUUUUUCUUGCUUUAUUGUUUAACUCAGACUACAGAUGUUUUUCUGAUAAGAAGGUGUUUGGGCCAUUAAUUGAACAGCUCAAAUUUCUUGAGGAACAUGGAAUAGAAGUGAAAACUCCAGAUGGUAUAAAAAGAGUAUAUUUCAUUUGCAGUCUACUCUUAGGGGAUAAUCUUGGCGUUAAUUCAGUUGGUGGAUUUGCUGAAUCUUUUAGCGCUAACUAUUUCUGCAGAUUUUGUAAAACUCACAAGGAUGAUACAGCUUCACAGACAAUUGAAAAUCCUCACUUGUUACGGUCAAAAGAGUCAUACAAUGCUGACCUUGCAACAGAUGAUGUUACAUUAACUGGAGUGAAAUCAGAUUGUGUUUUUAAUCAAAUUCCAUCAUUCCACAUAACAUCAAAUUUCAGUGUUGACAGCUUUCAUGACCUGGGGGAGGGCGUAGCCCAUUAUGUAAUGAUGGAUGUGCUUAAACGUUGCGUUCCACAGUUAUUCACUGUUGAACUUUUAAAUCACAGAAUUGAAAUGUUUGAAUAUGGAACUUGUGACUCUAACCGAAUCCCUGUGUUAUCCUUAGAAUUUGCAAAGAAAAAGAAAUUGAAAAUGUCAGGGUCUGAGACCUAUAUGUUUGUGAAAAUGUUUGGACUUCUCAUAGGUGAUAAGGUACCGCACGAUGACCCGCAUUGGUGUCUGUACUUAAAACUUCGUAAACUAAUGGAUAUUUGCAUGUCUAAAGCUUUCAAUUCAUCAGAAGUGAUUGCCCUUCGUGUGUCUGUGCAGGAAUUUAAUGACUUGUACAUGAGUGUUACAGGCCAUGGGCUUAGGCCAAAAUUCCACAAUCUGGUCCACUAUCCCAGAAUACUUGAAGAGAGUGGCCCGGUCGCUCUAAUUUCUACUGCUAAGUUUGAAAGCAAACACAGAAAAAUUCUGGCUCCUGCCCGUGCCACAGAGUCCCGUAGAAACAUAUGUUUAACAAUUGCUGUUCAACAUCAACUCAACAUGUUUCAUGCUUUUAAAUCUAAAACUUCAAUCUUACCAGAAAUUGAGUAUGGUCCUCUGUUUGAAAUUAAUCUGUCUGAUUUCUCAAACCCUGAAUUUGCACGGCAUUUGCCAAGGGAUCUUAAUUUGACAUUCACAUCAUCUUGUCUAGCUUCCAAUUGGGUUGAGUUUAAGGGGACAAAGUAUCAACCUGGUAUGGUGUUGGUCGUGAAUGUGGAUGAGAGUGGAGGGCCUGUCUUUGGAAAACUUGAAUCAAUUCUCCAUUCCCCCAUACCUGUUUUUGUAUAUUCCUCUGUAUUGUGUCUCGGCCUAGAUGAUCAUGUUGAUGCCUAUGAAGUUGACUUUUCUGACACAUUGUCAAGCACUUCGCCUCUAACACUGCAUGAUCCAUUGCCAUUGAGUGUGCAUCGUUCCAUUUUGGGUAAAAAAUUUAAAACCUUUCCUGUUAAAAUAAGUGUUAUUGUUUGUAAACAUGAUUAUUCAAAUGUUAUAAACAUUGAUAUGUUUUAUUAUUUAAUGAAUUAUUAUAAAUAA